CAGUGUUGCUGGCUGCGACGCGCCGAGUGCGGAGCGACGAGACGCGCUGCAUACCAACAGAGGCACACGGGCUAAUUGAGGCACAAGUGGCGACUCGCGGCUGGUCAGGACGCGCGGACCCUUCAUCCCGUUCUCUGCCUAAAAACAACCCUCUUUUUGUAAAGUCACCGGACAGCAACACAUUGACCUUCUUCUGCUCGUGCAUUUUCAUAUAUUUUUCUCUUUUCUUAAAAAGGCACAAACUAAGUGUCUGGGAUAUUUGCGUUUUUUCCUGCGCUGAUAAUUUUUUUUUGCUGGCUGAGAGAUUCUGCACAGGAGAAGAUAAACAGCCUCCCCCCCCUCCCCUCCUCCCCUCCUCCUCCUCGCCUGGUCUCCAUCAUCACAAGGAAAAAGUGAAGACUGGUGUUUUUUCCAGUCACUCGUAGAAACGUUUGGACUAUUGCUGCUCACAUCCGUCCACUGGCUCCGUGUCUUCACACACAGAUUGUGCGCCACGGCUCGAUAAGAGGAGGAAUACCGAGGCUGCAAUAACAAGCGGAAAAUCCAUCACAACUCCAUCAUGGGCUGCCCCCUCUUGUGGAACGCGUUUGCUGGCGUGAUCCUGGUUCUGCUGUCGAAAGGGUCCAGUUUGCACGGAGCGGAAUUCGGACACCUGCCGGAUAACAUAACGGUGUUGGAGGGAGAAAGCGUCAUUUUGAGAUGCCGGAUCAACGAGGAGGUCACCCACAAGGCCUGGCUGAACCGCUCCAACAUCCUGUUCGCGGGGAAAGACAAGUGGUCGCUGGACAAACGCGUGACGAUGGUCAACAGCAACGACAGCGACUUCUCCAUCAACAUCGUCAACGUGCAAGUGACCGACGAGGGGCCCUACACCUGCACCUUCCAGGCCAACAACAAGCCCCACAUCGCCCACGUCUACCUCAUCGUCCAAGUGCCGGCCAGAAUCGUCAACAUCUCAAAGAACGUGUCCGUGAACGAGGGGGAGAAUGUGAACCUCCACUGUCUGGCAGUGGGUCGGCCUGAGCCCACCGUCACCUGGAAGGACCAGAAAUAUGGGUUGGUGAGCGAGGGGGAGUUUCUAGACAUCACAGAGAUCAAGAGGCAGCAGGCUGAGGACUACGAAUGCAUCACCAACAAUGGAGUGGCUCCACCUGAUCAGCGCAAGGUCAAGGUCACGGUCAACUACUCUUCACGGAUCACGAUGAAGAACAUGCCAGCUCAUUCUGGUAAGACAGCCAUCUUACGCUGUGAAGCCAUGGCGGUCCCACCAGCCUCCUUCGAGUGGUACAGAGACGACCACAGGCCGGUGGAGAGUGACAACACCCUGAGGAUCAAAAACGAGAAGACGCGCUCGCUGCUGCUUUUCACCAACGUGACAGAGAAACACUUUGGCAACUACACCUGCUUCGCCUCAAACCGUCUGGGCGCCUCCAACGCCAGCAUGCUGCUGUUUCGACCGGGGGCCCUAGAGGGGCGAGGGACGGCCUUACACGCAGGAAUGAGCGCCGGCGUGUGCGUCUGGGUUUCUCUCUUUGCCGCACUUCUGCUGAAGGUGUAAAGACGGAGCGCCGUGUGGAAUCGUCCCUAAAAGCCCCCGAAAGCCCCCGACCGCCCGCCGUCCCUCCACGCCUCUCUCCCUCCCUCCCUCCCUCCCUCCCUCAACGGAAGGAAGAAGGAAAUUAAAUUCUUUAAUUACGAACCCAUCACUGUGAACAAAAAGAAUAUGCAUUAUUCCAGGAGCCAUCGAGUCAUCGCAUCAAACACACGACCGCCUCACCCGCCCAGAACCCCGGCACCCUCAAUUCCAUUUUGAGGUCAACUCAUUGUCAUUAUCUCUCUCUCUCUCUCUCUCACACACACACACACACACACACACACACACACACACACACACACACACACACACACACACACACACACACACACACACACACACACAGCCCUCUCUCUCUCUCUCUCUCUCUCUCUCUCUCUCUCUCUCCCAGAAUGCCUUGCAGAUUUGUCUGACUCGGUACUUCCCGCCUCACCUUGCUUUGCCCUCAUUAUUACCACUGGGCCGAUGUGGACAGAGAGUGUAUAUUAAUGAUUAUUUGUGUCGGUGAUCAAUGAGAAAAUAGAUAAUCUAACAACUGGACGAUCAUUUAUAUAAUAUACCACAUAGACUAAUGACUGACCUACAAUGUUUGCCUUAUGGAAAUUAUACAUAAAAUCACAAUAAUAUGGUGGAUAUUUGUGCAAAAUGAUGAUGUGGUGCUGGCGGUCAUGUGAAAAAAAAGUCUAAUUGGUGGCCAUGUGAAGUGUCACCGUUUGAUCUCACACACACACACACACACACACACACACUCACUCAUGUGUAUGGCUUUUUGGUUUUAACUGUGUAGCAGUGAUGCUGCUAUGAAUGAUGUCAAAAUGUUUAAAAACUGAAAAGAAGGGUGGGUUGUGACGGCGUCAGUCUUAAAUAACCCUUUAUGUAAUUCGGGGGGGUUUAUACCAAGGUUCCGCAUGUCGACCCCCUCACGACCCAAACCUUUUUUAAGCCCCCCCCGCCCCCUGUUCAACGUGCUCUGUCUAGUCGCCCCCUCGCAUCGCUAUAGUGUUCUCUGCUCCGUGUCACCCCCUCCCCUCCCUCCCCUGUGUAAAUAUAUGCAGUACAGAGGCCUGGCCGGUGACUUCAAGUUGCCUGGUGCCGAAUGACACCCCACCACCCCCUCCACCCCGUCGGCCUCGACUCUGCCCCCGGCCUCCUGAAGCAGCGAGAGACUGUCCAGCGACAACGAUAUCUUCUGUUUCGAGGCCGCGGCUCCAUCCUCUGUGUCGCUUGUUGAUAGCAUGUACCGGUUAGAGAUGUUCCUGUUGUGAGUCCAACCCCCGACCCCACCCCCACCCCCGACACUCCCUCCCUCCUGUCCCUGCACUGUGUCUGUUUUACUCUGCAAGGUUACCUGCUUUUACUUUUUUGGUGUUAAUAAUACUACCGAUGAUGAUGAUGUUAAUAAGUAUUUGAACAACUAUGAAUAGUAAUUCCAUGUGAGAAAAAAAAAAAAUGAACAAAUUCCGAUGGUAUUGAGCCGUGCGUGGGAAAAAUAACUUUUGUACUUUACUCUGAGAAGUCACACACAUUGAACGACAACAAUGAAAUGAAAAAAAAAAAACUAAACAUGUAAAGUUUUCAAAGUGAUGUGCUCUAUUUUGCCAUGACAAGCUUUUUAAAGUCACAUUUGAACCAGUCUGAGGGAUAAUUUCAUCCAAAGUCCAGAAGCGGUGAAUGAUGAUGAUGAUGUAAUUUAUAAUUUGUAACAGUGUGUGUAUUGGACCUUUUGUUUUUGUCAUGCUGAAAAACUGCAUCUCACACAUUUACAGCAUAUUUGUCAACCUGUCAUCGUGUGUCUUCUCUGCGACCAGCUAGAUAAAUGAUUUGGAUCCAUGUCAGUCCCUGGUCGUGGCAGUGAGUCCGUUCUUGUUCUCCCGACCACAGGGAGAUAAAGAUGUAAUUAGCCAUUACCUGUGGCUGGCUAAGUGAAGGAGCCCGGGCUCCACCUGCCCCCUCCUGCCAGCCCGUGAUGGCCCCCAUAAAUCAAGCUCAAUCCUGCCACUGACAGGAAUCCUCUUCAAGGACAACCUCGCCUUGGUGCACCGGUUCUCCCUCCAGUGUGCACCUGUUACACGCAUGGGCACUACAAAACCCCCCAUGGCACAAUUAUCCAGCCACUUGCCCCCCCCUCCCCCCCCGGUGCAGCACAAACAGUGGGAGGUAAGCCCCUCAUUUCUCCGCUGAAACAAUGUUCCACUCACACGCAGCGACUAUAUGCAAAUUUGCCAUAACGAGUCUGCACGGAGAGAUGAGUUUACCCGAACCCUGACUGUUGCGACCUGAAAGUGGAAUUAUCGAAUCGGUUGUCUGAAUGUGUUUUUGUUUGUUUUGUUUGAAACCAGCAAUAACCCCUAACUCUACUGUGCAAGAGCUGUCAGAUAUGGUUAAAGCUGUGGUGUAAUAUCUGAAAAAAUUUGCCAUUAACAAGGUAUAUGAAAUAAGUCUGUUGUACUUUUACUGUGUGCAGUACUCUGAAAUGAUUGUGACGCUCUGUUUCAAUGGUCCUUCAUUUGUUUGUGCUGAAAAAGUCGAUGUAGUCGGGUCGCGCGUGUAACUGACCACGCACUGUUUGUGCUCGGACGCUGUUGCUCCAGAAAUAACGAUGGAUUCCAUUUCAAGCACAAUAGCAGGUUGUUUGGUCGGUGCUUAUUUUUUUUCUGUGUCAAAUCAUCUCCGUCUUUCACGCUGUUUCUUUUUUUUCUCACUCAUACACUCGUCCAUGUAAGUGGCAUAUAACAUCUGUAUGUACAUAAAAUGUCCUUGAUGAAGAAAAAGAACACGAAAAAAAAAAACCAGAAGAAAAAAGAAAAAAUGACAAAAAAAACAUAACAUACUGUCAAGUUUCUCAAUGUGGGUUUGAAAAAAAGCACGUCAGUGUUUGUGUAUGGGUGGAUUUUGAAAAAAAAACAAAAACA